UGUUGCUCUGCUUCCAACUGCAGCGAGGGCUUUCCCUCCAGCAUCCAUAUCUUCCCAUAUAGUACCAUGAUGACCAAUUGAACUAUCCCUCCCUUUCUUGUUCAUAUUCUAAUUAAUAGGAUUUCCUUCCAUUAAGUGACGUGGGCCUCAGAGUUCCACCAGGAAAGCUCUCAUCAGGCCAGAUCGUUGCAAGUCCGUAACGCCCCAGCCAAGCAGCGCCCAACGCUAUCGACAUUUAUCGGUACAACUCGCCGCCAUGGGCCGGCGCAACCGGAUCGUAGCGUCCUUGCUAACUUUAGCAUGCGCGACUUCUACCGCCCUUGCGAACAAGAAAGUCUUCAAUAUUCACGAUGAUCUACUCGCGUUUCCUCAAUACCAAGUCCUUUUCCCUGACGAAUAUGUUCUUGACUCUCACGCGAAAGAAUUACUACGGACGCAAAGUAGCCCUCCCGUUUCCGAUGACCAACAGGGAAACUCUCUACAAAAGCCGCAGAUCCCUCUAGAGCCUCGCACAGAUGGGUCGCAAGAGCACAGUCCACAACAGGAAGGAGGACCGCAGCUCACAUACGAGGAGCUAACCCUCCAAGGCCAACGAUUCCUCUGUCAAAUCCCGCAAGUCGAGAAAGACGAAAGUGGUCCGACGAAUAGGACCAAGGAGGCCAGUGAGACGGACGAGAAGCAGGAGCUGGCUCGGGCGACGGAACGCGGCUUGGAACUUCUUAGCGAGAUGGAAGGGAAAUGCAUGUACUAUGUUUCGGGCUGGUGGUCGUACUCGUUCUGCUACAAGAAGCAGAUCAAGCAGUUCCAUGCGCUGCCUUCUGGCAGUGGGAUCCCUAACUAUCCUCCCAUGGAGGAUCCGGCAACGCAUUCGUUUAUCCUGGGCCGGUUUUCCCGGGCUAAUGAAGAGGAGGAUGGUGAAGCUGAGCGCAAAAGGACGGCCGAGGCGACAACAACAGCAACAACGACGGACGUGGCCGAGCUCCAGACGAACGGGGGAUCACGGUAUCUGGUGCAGCGGUUGGAGGGCGGGACUAAGUGCGAUUUGACGGGGAAGAACCGGAAGAUUGAGGUUCAGUUCCAUUGUCAUCCCCAGUCGACGGAUCGCAUUGGCUGGAUCAAAGAGCUGACGACUUGCUCCUACUUGAUGGUCAUUUACACCCCGCGCUUGUGCAAUGAUGUCGCCUUCCUACCCCCACAGCAGGAGGAGCUCCAUUCAAUUGAGUGUCGCGAGGUUCUCUUACCUGACCAGGUUCCCGACUGGGAGGCGAUGCGGCAGUAUCACCUGGCCCAGAGACUUGUCGAAUCGUCUGCUACUACGUCAGAAUUUCCUAUCGUCGGUGACAUUGAGGUCGGUGCCAAGAAGCUCGUGGGCACCGAAGGCAAGGAAAUCGAGAAAGGCCGCGUGGCUUCCGCCGGAGAAGAGAAGGUGGAAGUGGUGGCCAAACGCGAGAAUGGUGAGGUGUUGCAGUUGUCCAAAGUCGACCUAGAAAAGCUUGGGCUUGACCCGGAGAAGAUCGAAACCUUGAAGACCCGACUCGAAGAGCUCGCUCAGGGUAAGGACUGGACAUUGGAACAUGUCACGGCCAAUGGCGAGCGUGGAUUGAGAGGCAUCGUGGACACCGAUGAAGAUGAAGAGGAGGAAGAAACGGGAGCCAAGUCUGGAACAGAGUCGGAGGACCAUGGUACAACGGAAAAGCCGCAGGAGAAGGCUCCCGCCGAGAAGAAAGUUCCAGAGAAGGAGGUCCUAGAGGCUAAACCGAAGGACGAGCCAAAGGGGGAGGAGCUGCCUGCGGACAACGCGGAAGAGGGCAGUGAGGAAAUCUUCAAAGAUGAACUGUAACUACCCUUAGACUAUGUCAUAUUUGUACUUGACGACUUGUAGAUCUGUGUCUAUUCUUGGUUAUCAUUUUU